AAUAUUGAAUACAUAUUUGUUGUAUGUUUUAGCAAGCCAUGCACAUGAUUUAAAGCACACCCUUGUAUCUAAUAAAAUGUUGUCACAACAAUAUAAUCAGCAAAAUUUGGUUCAACUUACAUAGAGAAAAUCCAGAUGUAAUUUGGGAUCUCCAUAAUUGAUUAUUGGCAGAUUGUUUGCAGCUGUCCGACGAACUUGUCCAGUUGUCUUUCCAAAUUGUCUUUACAUUUUUCACUCACCAAUCCUUUUUGACAAGCCUUGAAAUGCAUUUACCUUGUCACUGUGACUGUGUAGGCUGUUGAAUGCGUUGGAGUCCACUGUUACUUACUAAAGCAGUAAAGAUAGACUUUAAUUUGCAUGUUUCUAUUCUGCUAUCUUUUAUUUUGAAUGAGAGGGACAGAAAAGGUAAUGAAAAGAUGAUAUUGUCAGUAUGGCCAUCCUUUGCAUGUACAAGAUAUAAGACAUUAGAGAGUAGAUGGCACGCCAAAUAAAGUAGAUAGCUACACUGACUAUGACCAAAAACGCUUGUUUUUUUACCUUUCUUUUAAAUAGGGUUAUUCAUUCUUUUUCUUACUUUGUCUUGGCUUUAAAGACUGUUAUAGAAGCAGAUUAUUAGAUGCAUAUUCACUUUUUUAGUAUAAAGUAAGUUUACUACUGCAGAAAGGUUAAAUAGUUGACAUCAAGCCUAUAAGUGAGGGUUAUUGGUAUGGUUUUGUAUUUUCUUUGUUCACACGUUGAAUGCAUACUGUACCUUCUCUGGUUGGUUGUGCUGUGCUGUGACGUCAUCCUUAUCCUGGCCAAUAAGCUUAUAUUCUGCCUCUGUUGAUCCUCUUCCUGACCACCUGUUGCAUCUUAAGCGGAAAAUGUUAUCGGCAGAAUCAUGAUCAGAUAAGACUUUAACAUGUGCAACUCAGUUAUUCACAACAGGAACAAUCAGAUAAUGCUAAAUAUCAAGAGUAUCUUUGAUCAGCAAGAGGCUCAACUGCUCCAAACAUCUACCCUGCACCAGCUUUUGCCUUGGAGCUAAUCCCGCCUUUGAUUUUGCAAGAUGUCCCUGAAAACUCUCCCCCUGGUUUUCAUUAACCUUGGUGGAGAGAUGCUUUACAUACUGGACCAACGCCUACAAGCUCACAACACGUCUGAUGACAACUCAGAGAAAGGAGUGUGGUCAGAUAAAGACAGAAAAAGAGUAAUGAAUGACAUCACUGCGACCAUGUUCAGUAAAGACUUUGUUGAUGAACUUCUCAAACCUCAGCAGCUGUAUUCUCACAGGACUCUAAAAACAGUGCUGACUCGCUUAGCACAUGCCUCCAUCAUGAGGUUGAACCCGGCCAGCAUGGACAAGCUUUAUGAGCUGAUGCUUAUGGCAUUCAAAUAUCAAGUCUUCCUUUGUCCACGGCCAAAAGACUUGCUGCUCAUCACAUACAAUCACAUCGACACCAUCAGGGAACUUGUGAAAGACACUCCUGUGGUUGUGAACCAAGUGGAUGAGAUGCAUCGGAAAAUGAUAGAGGUGUACUCAUCAUUAUCAGAGGGUGAAUUCCAGCUGCUCAGACAAACACUGCUCAUUUUCUUUCAAGACAUGCAUGUCCGCUUGUCACUUUUUCUGAAGAAUAAAGUCCAGAAUCCUAAUGGACGCUUUGCCCUGUCAACGUCAGGCCCAGUGCCUCAUGGGAUAUAUGUUCCUGGGUUAAUUAGGGUCUUUGACAGCAAGGGCAGAGAAGUGAGAAGAAGCCAGUUCCCCACCGGAGGAACUUACAGCAGCUCCGUCAAAGAGGGAUGCUUUGAGCUGCGUGGAGACAGAGUCAUCACCCUGGGCGUGAACAUGUAUACUGUGCACCACCCAGAGGAGACACAGACAUGCAAGGCUCCGCCUGUCAAGACUAAUGACACUCCCAAUCCUCUGGCCAAGGAGGAGCUGAACCUGCUCGCACGUCUGAUGGGAAGCAUGAAGGACGAGAACAAGUCCAAAACUGAAACUGGAUUUUGGAUCAACCUGUUUACCACAGAUGAAGAGGAGGAUCAGGCGAGUGACUCAAGAGGAGCUGACGACUCUAUGUUUGGACUGAUAAGUAUUCAGGCCAUGCAGGAUGAACAGGCUGCGACUGAGCUUGCUCAAAUCGCCGGCCAGUUUGCAGAACAAAAACAGCCUGAAUUUACCAGCUGUACCAAAGGAGAUGAUUUGCUGGCCAUGAUGGAUGACCUUUGA